AGCACUGUCCCAAGGACCUGGCUCUGGGUUUUCAGGAAUUGGUUUUGACUAAGGCCAGCGUGCUGCUUCCUCUGGUCCCUGAGUUGACAGGGUUGGCAAUAUCAAUCCCAGAUUCCCAAUGGCACAGAUUGAGAAGAAUUCUCAUACCCUGGAACAGAAUUCAACAGUAUUGAGCACUCUGGAAGUGGAUGGAGUUCUUUUGCCAACACCAUCAAGAGAACUGUGGGAAAAAAUCUGCAACUUUCAAGCCAGGCCUGAUGAUCUUAUUCUGGCAGCCUACCCAAAGUCUGGCAUGACCUGGACGCAAGAAAUUUUAGACAUGAUUCAAAAUGAUGGUGAUGUGGCGAAGUGCCAAAGAGCCACUUCUACAGAUAGACACCCUUUCCUUGAAGUAGUGUUUUCCUAUAAAAGAAAACCUGAUUUGGAGAUAGCUCUUGAAAUGCCCUCACCACGGAUGUUAAAAACUCACCUUCAAUUACACCUUGUGCCACCAUCUGUCUGGAAACAAAACUGCAAGAUUAUCUAUGUGGCCAGAAAUGCCAAAGAUUGCCUGGUAUCUUUCUACCACUUUCACAGGAUGAUCUCAUUACUUCCUGACCCUCAGAGCUUCGACGAAUUUUGUGAAAAGUUCAUGUCAGGAGAAGUGAUGUAUGGGUCCUGGUAUGACCACGUGAAGGGGUGGUGGGCUGCAAAAUACCAACACCGGAUCCUCUACCUCUUCUAUGAAGACAUGAAAAAGAAUCCAAAACGUGAGAUCCACAAGAUGCUGGAAUUCUUAGAGAAAACCUUGUCAGAGGACGUUAUAAAUAAGAUCGUCCACCAUACCUCAUUUGAAGUAAUGAAGGAAAAUCCCAUGGCCAACCAAACUGCUGUUCCUUCCAACAUAUACAAUCACACCAUCUCGCCAUUCAUGAGGAAAGGAAUGCCUGGAGACUGGAAAUACCAUUUCACUGUGGCUAUGAAUGAGAAAUUUGAUGAGCAUUAUAAGAAGAAAAUGGCAGGGACCACACUGACCUUCUGCACAGAGAUCUAAGAAAAGAAAAAAAAAGGAGAAUAUGCCAAGUGCCUUUUAUUGUAUGGGGCAGGGAGUUGAGGCUCAGUGUGAAGCUUAUUAGCAUUCAGUUUCUGUCUUCCAGGGGCUUGGCUAGACUGCUAUAGAAGUAAAACAUGAUUUAAAAUAUUGACCAACAUGCUACUACAGUAAAUAAAAUAAGUGCAUUGGAAAGCAGUGGCUGGGCUCCAUGGAGACUUUUAAAUGCAAGUGUGUUUUUUUGUGCAUAAUUGGUAAGGCAAGAACAAACAAUUGCAUGUUGCAUUCACGUGUGUAACCUAACAUGGAUUUCACAGCAAACAAGAGAUCAGUAUUAUGAACCUAUCACUAAGAGAAGAGACUAUGGCUAGGCGUGGAGCUUUAUCUAUAAGUAAUUACUUGUAAUAGAGAAGAGCUGAUAAGUAGGGUUCAGUCAUAAUUGAUCUAAUAUGGAGAUAUGCAACUAAAUUGCCUCUGAAAAAAUAAAUCAAUGAGAAAGCAAGGUUACUUUUCUCAAAUUUGAUUAGUACCCAGUUUUUUAAGCAAAAGAGCUUGAAUUCAAGAAAUCAAGCAGCGAGUACUGAAAAAUCUUUCCUUAAUGUAAAUGCAUCUGCUCUAUGUACCUGAUCUGUAAACCAAGAUUUGGGACAAAAGCACCAUGACUGUGUUGCCAUUUCUCUUGACAGUCUCCCUUGAAUCAAUUCAACAAGCAUGAUCUCAGAUUUAUUAUAAAUUUAGGGCUUCAGCUAUGCUCCACUAAAGCCCUGGCUUUUUAUAUGACUGAACACAACUGUCUCUUUAGGAGGGAGUAGUCCUGAGAGGCUUUGGUAUUGUGGGUAGUGCCACCUGGGCAGAUGGCCUCAGAAAGGUGACUAUCCAGUGGAGACCAGGGCUGCACCUACCUGUCCGCUAGAGAGCAAGGCAUGUGCCAGAAAGGGGGAGAAUUUGGAGAUGUUAAACUCAGAAGUAAAAUGAGAGCAACUGAAGAUGUCUCAGUUACCAUCUCGACAGGUGGUGAGGAACAGCAUACAGAGGUCCUAAUGCACAGAACAAAGUAACCUCUCAGUGGUUGUGAUUAUUGUCCCUACCUCACUGUGGAAAUAAGGCGGUGAUAUUUCCCCGAGGCAAAGGAGAAAUUCUAUCCAUGCUCUGGCAAAGUUAUACAGUAGAUAAUGAGAUAUUUAAAUAAGAAAGGAAAGCAGCUAGUCCCUAGAGCCUGCUGUAAGGAAGGAGGACAGAGAUGGUACAUCAGCUGAGAGGUGUCCCUGGGGUGAAGUUUCCCAGGCUGCCACCAUCCAACCCGGUAGCCCAACUACCUAGAAUAGAACCUUCAUGUUGUGCUGAUGAUCCAGGGGGAGAGAUUUCCACCACUGCUCCUUAAAGGCAUAGGAAGAAUAAAAGAGAUUCUUUGAUCACCACGGAAUUAUUGGUGCACUUAAAGGACCGGUGUGCUUCGCAAUUUGAGAGGAGAAAAGACAUAACAAAUAGUGAGUUCUGGGACCCAAGGUAUUGUCCAAGUCCAAAGUAGGCCUCAGAAGUGGAGCAGGGAGACAAAAGGAAAAGUGAGCCUUGUUUUCCUACUUGGAAGUGAUUCUCUAUUGAUUGAAAAGCAAUUGAAUGGUGUGAAUAAAGACAUU